AAAAAAAAGCGCCAAAAAAAAAAAAAAAAAAAAAAGAAAAGAGAAAAAAAGCGCCAAAGCUCAUUCACCUGUCGCUGGACAAAUCCCCUAAUCAAGCGAUCACAUCAGUGCAAAGACACGAUAAAUUGAAGGUCUUUGCUCUUUAAUAUGGAGAAUUUGCAGUACGCGGAGGAGUUGGUGAGAGAGUUCCUAGUUUUUAGAGGCUUUACUAGCACUCUACAAGCUUUCGAGAUGGAAUUAUCUACCGAUAUUGGUAAAGGGUUUCAAGUGGAUAAGAUAUUAGACUUAAUCUUCUCCAUUUACAUUCCCAAAUUUCAAGCAGAUAAAUUGGUCGGUCUACUUGGUUUCUUCGAGCAGUGUUUUUCUUCGUUGUCUGAGACUGUACUUGUUUCUACUUUAUCGAAAUUGAAGAUUUCUAUUCUCCGUUAUUAUAUUGUUUAUGCGAUGACAUCAGGAAGGAAAGAUAAAGUUUUGGAAUUUUUUGGAAUGAAUGGGAAUGAUUUGUUGCAAAGAGGUGGUGAUUGGACUCCAUGGUUUGCUAUUCCUUAUUUGAAGAAUCCUAGCUUGGAUCCCCAGUUUCGAAUUUAUUUCUCCAAGGAAUGGUAUGAAGCAUUGCGCCUUUCUGUGAGGAAUUUUUUCAGUGAGAUCUUCAAUGGUACUCGCAUCCCUGCUCUGUUAAAGAUCAGUUCAGAAAAGAACACAAUCAACCAUCUCAAGAAGGACAUCAAGCAGUUAAAUCUCAAGCUAUCACAACUCCAGGCUUUAUUAGAGGAAAAAGAGGCUCAGUUGUGCCAGUUAAAGAGUAAUGCCAACAAUUCUGCAUCACCGUUGGAUGCUAAUGUUGGUGAACCCGAGAAUUCAACUCCAUCAAGUGUUGAGCAUGGAGAAAAUCCUAUGAGAACUGUGGACAUUUGUGCUUCUGCUACUCCAAGUAAAGGUGGAACAGAGAUGGCUCAAGAAAGGGCUGUAGGUGGACCUGCCAAAGACAUACCAGCAUUUGGCAUGUCCAAGCCUGCAAAUGAUUCGAUCUCUAGGAUUGACAUUGAAUAUGGGAAAACUAGUGAUGCGACUCAAAAGAUCGAUAUAGACAUGUACAAUGACAAUGGAAGUGAAAUACUGGGUGAAGUCGAAUUCCCUGAAGUGCAAGUAGAAUUCCAGGAGACGUUUUUAGGCCAUACGAGUCCAAUAAGUCGAUGCCGCUUCUCUGCAUCUGGGAACAAUAUAGCCAGUGCUUCUGUUGAUGGAACAGUCAGAAUAUGGACAUAUGACUCGUCAACUUCGACAUCUAGAAAUGCAACCAUAUAUUGUGGGGCAGAGAUUUUGUCUCUUGAUUGGGAAUGUAAAUCUGAUCGCCUGCUUCUCAUAGGCACUGCUGAUGGAGGCAUUAAGGCAUGGAAUGUUGAUGCAAAGCGAGUUGUUUGUGAUCUCAAUACAAGUGAAGCAUUUCCCAGUGUCUUGGAUCUAAAAUGCAGCCCUGUAGAACCAGUUUUUGUUUCUGCAGCAGCAUCUAAAAGGCAUGGCUCAAGCUAUCUUGACAGUUUAGGAUUUGCUUCCUUAACAGUAUGGAACAUGAAGACAUGGAGAGCUAUGACAGUUCUUCCUCUUGGUGAAGAUCCACCUGCAAUUACUUCCCUAUGCUUCAAUCACAAUGGAAAGAUUUUAGCAGCAGCUGCAACUGAUGGAAUGAUCCACAUGUUUGACAUGUCUGCCGGUCUACAAAUUACUGGGUGGCCUGCACAUGAUUCUGCUAUAAAUUCUAUUCAUUUUGGGCCAGAUGAAACUAGCAUUUUCAGCUUGGGCUCAGAUGGGAAGAUUUUUGAAUGGAGCUUGCAAAACCAAGGUCAUGUCCUUUGGUCAAGGAGUUGUAGCAGGUUCUUUGACCCUGAGACCUCAAAAUAUUGUAGACAUGAAAUGGCUUUGGAUGCCAAUGGGAGGAGACUAGUAGUAACAUCUGGUGCUGUAAGAGCGCCCAUAUAUCAGGUUCGGGGUCAUAUGAAUGGUUUGAGAACUCUUCCACACAGUGCAGCUAUAACUACUGUGGAUUGGCACCCAACUUUACCCAUUUUCUUGACUGGUUCAGCUGAUCACUCGGUUCGAGUGACAUCAUUAUCAUAAUAAUCCUCUCUUUUCUUUUCUUCCAAAGACACUUUUUUUCUUUACUAUCAAUUAGGAUGCUAGAAAUCAAUAUAGUGCGAAAUGUUUUGAAUUUCAGCAUUGAUCUUGGAACAGUAAUUUUUCCCCCCCAUUUUGAAAGGGGAGGGGAGGGGAGGGGCAUGUUGUAAUUUAAUCAACUCUGUAUUUGUAUUAUAAAUAUUAUAAUGUAAUAUUCAUUCUCAUUCUUUGA